CACUGAUUCCGGGUCGCGGCGGACGUCGCUUCCGGAGCAGCAUGGCGGCCACUGAGGACGAGAAGCUAGCAGGGAGCGGUGAGGGAGAGCGGCUGGAUUUCUUGCGGGAUCGGCACGUGCGAUUUUUCCAGCGCUGCCUCCAGGUUUUGCCGGAGCGCUAUUCUUCACUCGAGACAAGCAGGUUGACAAUUGCAUUUUUUGCACUCUCCGGGCUGGAUAUGUUGGAUUCCUUAGAUGUGGUGAACAAAGAUGAUAUAAUAGAGUGGAUUUACUCCCUGCAGGUCCUUCCCACAGAAGACAGAUCAAAUCUAAAUCGCUGUGGUUUCCGAGGCUCUUCAUACCUGGGUAUUCCGUUCAAUCCAUCAAAGGCUCCUGGAACAGCUCAUCCUUAUGAUAGUGGCCACAUUGCAAUGACCUACACUGGCCUCUCAUGCUUAGUUAUUCUUGGAGACGACUUAAGCCGAGUAAAUAAAGAAGCUUGCUUAGCAGGCUUGAGAGCCCUUCAGCUGGAAGAUGGGAGUUUUUGUGCAGUACCUGAAGGCAGUGAAAAUGACAUGCGAUUUGUGUACUGUGCUUCCUGUAUUUGCUAUAUGCUCAACAACUGGUCAGGCAUGGAUAUGAAAAAAGCCAUCACCUAUAUUAGGAGAAGUAUGUCCUAUGACAAUGGACUGGCACAGGGAGCUGGACUUGAAUCUCAUGGAGGAUCAACUUUUUGUGGCAUUGCCUCACUAUGUCUGAUGGGUAAACUAGAAGAAGUUUUUUCAGAAAAAGAAUUGAACAGGAUAAAGAGGUGGUGUAUAAUGAGGCAACAAAAUGGUUAUCAUGGAAGACCUAAUAAGCCUGUAGACACCUGUUAUUCUUUUUGGGUGGGAGCAACUCUAAAGCUUCUAAAAAUUUUCCAAUACACUAACUUUGAGAAAAAUAGAAAUUACAUCUUAUCAACUCAAGAUCGCCUUGUAGGGGGAUUUGCCAAGUGGCCAGACAGUCAUCCAGAUGCUUUGCAUGCAUACUUUGGGAUCUGUGGCCUGUCACUAAUGGAGGAAAGUGGAAUUUGUAAAGUUCAUCCUGCUCUGAAUGUAAGCACACGGACUUCUGAACGCCUUCUAGAUCUCCAUCAAAGCUGGAAAACCAAGGACUCUAAACAAUGCUCAGAGAAUGUACAUAUCUCCACAUGACUGAUUUUAGAUUGGGAGGGUGGGGGGAUUUGUAGCAUAACUGUAGCUCAAGUUUAAAAGCCAUGUAUAACCAAGUGUGCUCUUUUUUUAAAAGGUAGAGUCUUACAAUCAAAUCUCCUGCUGAUGUCACUUUGGGAUAUGGUCUUGAGCCAGUAAUCUUUAUACUGGGUUUCAAGAAAAUCUUUGUUGAAGUUUGAACCACAACUUUGUCGUGGUUCUUAAAUGUUUAUACCGUAUUUCUAAGAAGUUGUUUGAGGCAAAUUAACUGUAUGUGUGUAGGUUAUCUUUUUAAAAACUCUUCAGUGCAAAUUGUAUCUUAUUAUGAAAAGGACAAAUUUUCAAGUUUACACUUCACAUAGCAUUGAUAAUCUUCAGGUGAACACUUAGUGAUCAUUUGAAAAGCUCACUGCUGAUGGUAGAAAAUUUGCUUUAAUGAAUUAAGUAUCUGGGAUUAUUCUUUGAAAACAGAUGACCAUAAUUUUUUUUAAAGAAGAGUGACUUAUUUUGUCUUAUUCUUAAGUAAAGUGUGCCAAUUAAACCUGUGUGGCCUAUAUAAAUGAAAUUAAUAACUUCAUAGUAAGAAUAAAUAGGUUUAACUAAUGUGAUAGUUUUCUAAAAGGAGAUUGUUUGAAGACAACUAUUAUGUAACUGAGGGAAAAGCAACUUUAUGUGAUUGUGAAUGAGAAAGUUUUGUGCUAUGUGGGUCAUUUAUUUAGACAUUGCUGUGGUGAAUACCAGUUGUGUUUGAUUUUAUUCUCAAAUCAUUAGUUGCCUUUUUUUUUUUUUUUUGCUUUCUAGGAAGAAAACAGUCUUUUUUAUCUAGAAGGAAAGAUACUUUGUGUUUUCAUUUUUAGCCAUUUGAAUUUUUUAAUUUGUUGCCCCCAGUGUGUUAGCUGCUCUAAUUUCAAACUAAUACUUUUCUAAUUUUUUUCAAAUAAGUAAAAAAUACAAAAACAGAACCAUUCAAACAGAUUCAGUGGUGUAACUCUAUACAUGGUCAUUUUUAUUCUCAUAUUUUCAGGUAAGUGAAAGGGAAAUGCGACCAUUUAGAGGGUAAGAAAUAGGGUUUUGUUUUUGUUCAUUGUUUUGUUUUAAGUCUGUGAACUAGCUAAUUGUAAAGGAGGUAGUAUAAAAACUCUUCAUUAGUAAUUAAUUUAUCAAUAACUCAUAUCCGUUACUUGCUCAGUGACAUUCAGAACUAUGAGUCUAGUACUGAAAUGGGGAGAGAAAUCUCUUCACUAAAGGAGUUGGCUUUAAGUUAGUCUUGGUGAUAAUAAAUGUUGAAAUACAAGUAUCAGUAUAAAAACUGGAUUACUGGUAUCACUGUUUAGGCAUUGUAAUAUUUUAAAUGUUAUCUUUUUUUCUAAAUCAGAGGAAAAAAAUGUUCUGAAAUAACAGUCCUUCCCAAGGGAAACACUAUGUACUUGGAGAGAUGAUUCAUUUAUUAUUGGCAUGCUUAGUUUUAAACCUGAGUUUGCCAACUGUAUGUUUUUUAAUUAGAAAUAAAAUAAAUCUUCUGAUGGUGGGGGAAAAAGUAAGCUUAAUAACAGAUGUUAUCCUUCUGUGAGUUAUUCCAGUUGCUACUAUUUAAAUCCUGGCAGAUGAAGACAUCCAUAUCUCAAACUAAGUCAUCUCUUAGACAUUGGAAGUUGAAGUAGCAUAUAUAUAAUGGCUUUAGGACUAUAUAAAAAGCCCAAAUUGUUUUUUCUAUAUCACCAAGAAAGGUUAGAAGGCAAUAAAGGUAGUAACAGUGACUGUAUUCAUAAAUGUUAGAGAAAAAUUCCAAUCUAAAAGUAUUUUAUAAGGCUAAAUAUUUUGUAACUCCUUAUAAUUUAAUACCAUAAGAUUAUAAAUUUUAGUAUGCUUCUAAUUGAUAUAUUCGUGGGAGAAUUUCUUGUGAAACUUUAUGGACUCAUAAAUGUUCACAUUCCACAGCGACUGAAUUGACCAGAAAAUAGCAGGCCAGUGUGAAUUGUGGAGAUACUAUUUCUAACUUUUCUAAAUAGUUAUUUACAAGAAAAGUAUUUAUCGAUUAAAUAAAUUAUAAGCAAUAUUUCACAUAUACACUUUAUUCCUUAGGAGGAGUCAUGUAAUGAGGGAAAAUAUGAAGUCCGAAAUCUCAAAAAGCUGUAUUUCCUACUCUAUACUUGUCUCCUUCCCGCCCCUUAAUUUUGUGGUAUUUUUUUUUUAGAAGGUAGGAGGAGGAGCUUUAUUUUGAGCAUCUGCAUACAAAUGAGAUUAAUCAGAUCAUAUGGCAUAAUUUAACCUGUUUAUCAUUUCAGUGUUUUUAGAUUUGAUCUAUAAUAUAUAUGUGUUAUUAGAUCUUUAGUUAUUUAUAUUUAAUCUAAAUUCAUAUAGAAAUCUUGCUGACAGUGAUAUAUAAUUUGAAAACUGUUGGACCUGAUCAUUUUUGAGAGACAGUUAAUGAGGAGGUGCUCUGGAAUCAGAUGACCUGGGUUUAAAUCCAAGAUUUGCCAGUUCAGCAGCAUGAUCUUGGACCUAACUCUGCCAUGGAUAAAAUAAGGAAAAUAGGUAAAACCUAACACACAGGGUUUAGGAUUAAAUGAGAUAAUACAGAUAAAGCACUUAGGAUAGUACCUGGAAUACAGCAAAUUUCAUAUUAUAGUUUCUUUAUAAUGAUCAUAAAAUUAUUUUUGUAAUUAAAACCUCUCUUCUACAACAGAAAGAGGUCUUAACAGUUUAACCUCAGGGAAAAUGAUGACAAUAGUGUUGUUUUCUAAUCUCCCCAUAAGAAUACAGAGCAACUGGGAUAGCCACAGACCCUAUUACAACGCUAGAUGACAAGGUAUCUCUAUGAACUUCAAAAUACAACUAAGUGAGGACAAACCACUGAACCACAUAGUUUCAGUAUCUGUGGGAGGAAGUAGAAGGAAGGCAGCUGGUUUCUGACAGCUCUGCAAAUUGGAGAACUACAACACUGCCCACAGUUUCUCACUACAAAGUGCCGUGGGCCAAUCUAAGAACAGACACUGAAACUGGGAAGUGACUACAGAAUCCCAUUUGCAGAUGAAUGUUAAAGCAAUAUGAUAAGGUCUGCUGACUGCAUUAGAGCAGUCUGGGUUUUACACUGUGUACCUCUUGAAGCUUAUGAGACAAAGCCCAGCACUGAGGACAAACUUCUAGAAUUAGAAUCCAAAUGGGCAGGAUGGGUAAAAUAGGACAAAAGCAAGAAGAUCUAGAUAAGUAUUGGGAAGAAAGGCCAAGAUACAGAGACAUUAUAUAUAUGUAUUUUCAUAUAUAUAUAUAUAUAUAUUCUUUUAAAUCACUGUGAAAAUGGGAGCUCUAAGGCUGUGAAGUCAUCCUAGAGCCACUCCUUCCUCCUAAAAGUACAGAAAAACUCAUUUCAGUUAAGGGGAAAAAAAGAGUAACUGAGCCAGGAUUACAGUCCAACUCCAGUCAAAGUUAGUAUAAGAAAUAAGAGAAUAAAUAGAUCAACAUCCUCACAGACAAUGAAAGCACACUGGAAGGACAUGACCACAAGACAGAUAAAAACCUAAUAUUUGCCAAAAAAUAAAAUGCAAAUAUGACAGGAAAUUUAUAGUAAUUAGUACAGUUAUCAAUAAAAGUAGGAAAAGGUAAAAACCAAAUACCAAACACUUGGAGUAAAAAGAAAAAUAAAGCAGAAGGAAGGAAUUAAUAAAAGCAAAAAAUAAUUACUAGUAGAAAACCAAAACAAUAGAGGCAAUAAUAAAUCUAAGUUGGUGAUGGGUAGUGUGGGGAGUUGAGUGAGAUAAACCACCAGCUAACCUAUUUCAGAAAAAAAGGAGGAAGCACAAAUACAAAAAUUUAAAUGACAAGGGGGAAAUAGUAAAACAGGGAAUUUGUUUAAAUUGACUAUUUUGAGCAAUUUUACACAAUAAAUUCAAAAACUAUUUUGAGAAAAAUGCAAAUUGCCAAAAUUUACUCUAGAUAGAUAAAGUCACAACAAACCAAUUACCAUAGAAGAAACAAAUAGUUAAAAGUACCCCUUACCAAAAGAAGCAUCAAGCCCAGACUGUUACAAGGGGAUUUCUACCAAACCUUUUAAGAUUAAAUAAUCCCGUUCUUGCUUAAACAAUUCCAGAGACUAGAAAAAAAAUCUUGAACCUCAAAGUGCCAAAAAAAAAAAAAAAAACAAAGAAAAA